AUGAGCUUUGUUCAAAUAAGGCACAUUUCUUCACAAAUAAACCGUAAGACUGUAUCCAUUGUUGGAUCGGGGCCUUCCGGCUUUUAUACAGCGUACCAUUUACUCAAGAAGUCACCGAUUCCAUUAAAUGUUACUAUAUGGGAAAAGUUACCUGUUCCUUUUGGUUUAAGUAGAUAUGGUGUGGCACCUGAUCAUCCAGAAGUCAAAAAUUGUGAAGAAACGUUUACCACAUGUGCAGAAGAGUUUUCUUCCCCUACAAACCAAAAGCAUAAAUUUUCCUUUGUUGGUGGUAUAACCAUUGGAAAAGAAAUAUUGUUGAAGGAAUUGCUGGAUAAUCAAGAUGCUGUUAUUUUAAGUUAUGGUUGUACAGGGGACAGAAAGCUGAAUAUCCCUGGCGAACUCGGAACAAAAGGGGUGUUUAGCAGUAGAGAAUUUGUCAAUUGGUACAAUGGUCAUCCUGAUUUCGCAAAGGAUAAGCGAUUUACCGAUUUUGACUGGAGCAAAGUUUCGAAAGUUGGUAUUAUAGGAAACGGUAACGUUGCUCUUGAUAUUACGCGUGUACUUAUUUCUAAUCAAAUUGAUGAAAUAUGGGAAAAUACGGACAUCUCAUCUCUUGCACUAAAUUUGCUAAGAAGGGCACCUGUAAAGGACGUUAAGCUAAUUGCACGAAGGGAUUUCGUUCAUUCCAAAUUCACCAACAAAGAAUUAAGAGAACUAUGGGAGUUAGAAAAGUAUGGCAUACGUGGCCGUAUUGAUCCUAAAUUUUUCCAGAAAGAAAUGUUUGACCCAUCUAAGUACGAUCGUGCAUUCAAUAGACGAGUAGAGAUGUGUAGUGAGUAUCUCAAGCCAUUUAAUGAACGUUCGAAGAAAAACUAUAAAAAGGCUCCUCCUCCAAGCAGCGGAUAUGACAAAUUCUGGGAGUUAGAUUAUUUGAAGACUCCCUUGAAAAUUAAUAGAGACGAUUUUGGUGCAAUCAACUCUUUGAGUUUAUGUAACAAUCGAUUAAAUGAAGAUAACAGUUUGCAACCCUUGAAGGACGUCAAUAAUAUUAUGACAUAUAAAGUGGAUUUGCUGAUUACUUCAUUGGGAUAUGCAGGCGUUCCCAUGCCUGAAUUCUCUAAGUUGUCUAUUGGAUUUGACAAAGAUCAUAUAGCUAAUAAACAGGGUCGUGUUUUAACUUCCAGCGGAGAAAUAUUCCCACAUUUAUAUGCAUCUGGUUGGAUCCGUAAGGGCAGCCAGGGCGUUAUUGCCUCGACAAUGCAAGAUGCUUUUGAAGUUGGAGACAGAGUAAUACAAGACUUGGUGGUCAGCGGAGCGCUAUCCUUAGAGAAUUCUAUCGACCUCUCUAAUAUCAAGCACACCACAUGGAAGGAUUGGGAAAGAAUCAACAAGAAGGAAUUGCUUCGGGGCAAAAAGGAACACAAAACUCGGUCAAAGUUUUUAACUUUUGAAGAGUUGUGGAACGGUGUAGAAGGCAUAUAA